GAUAUUUUAGCAUUAACGCUAUGAUUAUUUGCGAUUACCAAAUGAUGACAAAGGCAGUGGAUGCCCGGCGCCCAGGGUCCUGCCACGACUCUUUGAUUUGGAGAGUAAGCAAAUCACACACCUACUUUUCCCAAUCUUAUGAGAACGGCGAGCGCGGAGACAGGCUUUUGGGCGAUGCUGACUACCCCCUUCAACCGUACUUACUAACACCAUAUCGUGAUCCACAGCCUGGGACAGUGCAAUACAGGUUCAACCAACGACACGCUUCCGCACGCAACAUAAUAGAGAGGACGAUUGGUAUAUUAAAAAGCCGGUUUAAAUGCUUAGCUCGUCACAAUACCGUUACAAUACCAGCCCCCAAAAGUCGUACACCGGAUGAGGGAAAUGCAUCCAAUUUAAGGGACUAUAUAGCAAACUUAUUGUAA